AUGGAGGUGAAGGUGCUUCAGCCCAGCGGCGCAUGCUUCACCAUCAAGAUGGACAAGCUCGAGACUUGCGGGGCUUUGAAGAUUGCCAUCGCUACACAGACCCGGGUGUCAGCAAGGCGGCAGAAGCUUCUCUGUGGCACGGACUUGCUACCCGAUUCGAAGAGACUGGAGGAGGUGACCUCCGAAGCGUCCGUCGAGGUGCUGUUGUUGGUCAGUCCGGUCUGCGACCUGGUUACACAUCCCGGCGUCACCCCUGGCAUCUGGGACUGCGAUGCCUGCACGCUCGAGCAGCCUCUGAUUGUAAAGGAUGACGACCCUGGGUAG